GCUUGGAGAUUUAACAUUUAAAUCAUAUUCAACUUGGUUAGCUCAAUUCUAAUUCAACUAAUUAUUAAUAGCUGUGCUCAUUUAGUUUGUCAUCUCAUGCACCUUGUCACCGCCGACAAACUACACUUCCCAGGAGUCCAUGCGGUGCUCGCUCGUUAGCUGCGUCAAAACAGGUCCUACCUCUUUGCGUCUUUCGCUUUAUAUUUGUGUCCUUUGUUAGGAUUCAUACUCUCCGUCCAGAAGCUCAAUUUGUCCAUGGCGUCUCCCACUGAUGGSAACGUAGCGGUGGAGCUGAAUCCCGUCCUCAAGCCUCUCAGCUGGUUGCUGGGUACCUGGGAGAGCGACGAACCCGGAGAAGGAACCUUCCCCACCAUAAAACCUUUCCGAUACACUGAAAAGCUGCAUUUCAGUCAUGUUGGGCAACCAGUCAUCAACUUUACGUUUAACGCGUUUCAUGCGGAGUCCAAUAAGCCUCUUCACAGAGAAUGCGGUUUCAUUCGAAUCCAGCCGGGGACAAACAAAGUGGCCUUCAUCAUCGCACAGAACUCUGGUCUGGUGGAGGUUGAAGAGGGGGAGCUGACAGGAAAUCACCUCAAGCUGCAGUCUCAAAGCCUGGGUAGAAUCUCUUUUGCCAAAGAGCCCCAUGUACAACAGAUUGGCAGAGUCUUGCAACUUCGACCAGACGGGAAGCUUGAACAGACUGUUUCCAUGGCAACUGACAACCAGCCGCUCACUCAGCACUUGCACAUCACUUACACCCGGUCAUCUUGACUCAACCAGCCACGGCCUUGCCAUUGCUUUUUAUCCCCACACCUGUCAGAGCAACAUCUUAGGAGUGUGGGUCCGAAAACUUUUCUUUCUCAGGGAGUUUGUCAUGCAUUUUUAAAAAAUAAAUAUGUCCCUGUUUUGAAUYUACGUGGUUCUAAUGGGUAAUAAAGAUUAAACUUAAAACGGUAA